AUGGUGCAGCAAAAUAUUCCAACCGACGUCGUCUCGCCAUUGAAAUUCCACAUCUUCGGCAGUGGAAUAUCAUUCAGCAUUUCACCAACCAUUCACAAUGCCGGCUUCAAACAUUAUGAUCUUCCUCAUACUUACGAUAUCCGCGAAUCACCGAACAUCGAUGGAGCUGCGGAGUUGAUUAUGGACAAACAAUUCGGUGGUGGAAGUGUGACUAUGCCACACAAGUUGGAAGUCCACAAGUACUGUACCGAUCAGACCGAUACAGCCCGGCUGAUUGGGGCUAUCAAUACCCUCGUGAUCAAGGGGAGUGGUGACAGUCGCACAGUCACCGGUGAAAAUACUGAUUGGUCUGGACUGCACACCAUCAUCACUGAGUAUUCGACCAAGACCAAUCAACAGCCAAAAGUUGGACUAGUCAUCGGAGCUGGAGGUGCAUCCAGAGCUGCAUUAUACGCCCUGUAUAAAUCAGGAAUUCAGCAAAUUUACGUCGUCAAUCGAACGAUGUCCAGGGCGGAGCAAGUGAAAAAGGACUUCGAAUCUGUGUUUGACAUCACCAUCCUUCCAAACUUGCAAGAGCUACCUCGCAUGCCAGAUGUGAUCAUUGGAACUAUUCCAGCGGGCGUUACCACUGAAUCUCAAUUCUCCUCAAUCUUUGGUGCUCGGGGACUUUGCAUUGAGAUGGCCUACAAGCCUCGGCAGACACCCCUUCUGGAUGCGGCGCAAAAGCAUGAGGGCUGGGAAACUGUUACGGGAGUUGAGGUACUUCUUGCUCAAGCGUAUGACCAAUUCGAACUUUGGACAGGUCUUGAGGCGCCCAAGAAAACGAUGGCGGAAGCCGUUGCUCAGCAUGAGCGAGAGAAGGCAAGGAAGGAAAAGGGCGGAAUGCUAUAG